CUCACCUGAGGCGGUCUCCGGGGAGGGAGCACCGAUCUGGGCGGAGAGGCACAAACUGCUCCCGCUGUUCCAGGCUGGGCCGGCAGGAGGCGCGCGUCUGGUGGCUGUGUUCAUCCCUGCCAAUACUGCAGGAGUCCCCUUGUUAAAUACUAAAGCCGAUUCAGAAAGGUGACCGUGAUCGGUAAAGAAAAGACAUUCUGGGAUGGGGUUCAUUCAGAUUAAUGAAGAAUUUAUAUUCAUUGAACCUCUGAAUCACACCUUGGCUGUAACAGGAUAUGCCCACCGUGUCUACAGGAGAAAACGGUCAAUGGAUGAAAAAUCAGCAGAGAAGCAAGCAUCACAACCAUUGUGUGGAGUUUAUACAGAUAAAAGAGAAUCCAAAAAUAGAAAACAAAUGGAGAGAGGAAGAGGCAGGAGAUACACAUAUAAAUUAUCACAUGACUAUAAUGUAGAGACCUUAGUUGUUGCUGAUACAGCAAUGGUCAACUAUCAUGGAGCUGAUGCUGUCAGAAGGUUCAUUUUAACUGUCAUGAAUAUGGUCUUCAAUCUGUUCCAACACAAAAGUCUUGGCAUACAAAUGAACCUACGAGUGACAAAACUUGUUUUGCUUCAUGAAACACCGGAAGACCUUUAUAUAGGCCACCAUGGGGAAAAGAUGCUGGAAAGUUUUUGCAAAUGGCAACAUGAAGAAUUUGGAAGGAAGAAUUAUUUCCAUAGUGAUAUAUCUCCCAGUUGGAGGGAAGAUUUACCCGCUGUUGAUGCAGCCAUCCUGAUAACAAGGAAGGAUUUUUGUGUACAAAAAGAUGAACCCUGUGACACUGUUGGUAUAGCAUACCUUAGUGGGAUGUGCAGUGAAAGAAAGAAGUGUGUUCUUGCAGAGGACAAUGGACUGAAUCUAGCCUUUACAAUUGCUCAUGAGAUGGGUCACAAUAUGGGAAUGAAUCAUGACAAUGAUCAUCCAUCCUGUGCAGAUGGCCUCCAUAUUAUGUCUGGGGAAUGGAUUAAAGGACAGAAUUUGGGGGAUGUUUCCUGGUCCCAGUGCAGCAGAGAUGAUCUGGAAAGAUUUCUCAGGUCAAAGGUCAGUAAUUGUUUACUGCACACAGAUCCUCAAAGCCUCAAUUCAGUGAUGUUGUCAUCCAAGUUGCCAGGCAUGAUCUACACAGCAGAUGAACAAUGUCAGAUUCUCUUCGGCCCUACAGCUUCUUUCUGCAAAGAGAUGCAGCAUGUCAUAUGUACUGGGCUAUGGUGCAAAGUAGAUGGUGAGCAGGAGUGCAAGACCAAACUAGACCCACCACUAGAUGGUACAGAGUGUGCAACAGAAAAGUGGUGUAAGGUUGGUGAAUGUGUUAGUAAAGCACCUCUUCCAGACCACACAGAUGGAGAAUGGAACAUCUGGAGUAUAUGGGGUACUUGUAGUCGAACGUGUAAUGUGGGAGUGCAUUUCCGCCAACGUAAAUGUGAUAACCCAAGGCCUGGUCCUAAAGGCAAGAAUUGCCAGGGCUCCCGUGUGCAGUACAGGACAUGCAAGAACCCUCCUUGUCCGGCUGGAGUGCCACAUUUUCGGGACUUGCAGUGCCAAUCAUUCAACAGGCCAUCAUAUCAAAAGCAUUCCUUGAAGUGGUAUGCCAUCAUUAAUGAAGAAAAGCCUUGUACACUGUUUUGUUCUCCUCUGGGGAAAGAUCAACCAAUGCUGAUCUCAGAGAAAGUGCUUGAUGGAACACCAUGUGGUCCACAUGAGGCAGACAUCUGUGCGAAUGGUACAUGUCAGAAAAUUGGCUGUGAUGGCAUGUUAGAUUCCUCAGCCAGAGAAGAUCAUUGUGGAGUGUGCAACGGGAAUGGAAAAUCAUGUAAAGUUAUAAAAGGAGACUUUAAUCACACGAGAGGGGCAGGCUAUGUGGAAGCUCUGGUGAUACCUGCAGGAGCAAGGAGGAUACGAGUUGUUGAAGAGAAACCAGCACACAGUUACCUUGCUCUCCGAGAUGCCAGCAAACAUUCUAUUAAUAGUGACUGGAAGAUUGAACAUCCAGGAUCAUUUAACAUUGCUGGAACAACAGUCCAUUAUGUAAGAAGAGGGUUCUGGGAAAAGAUUUCUGCAAAAGGUCCAACCACAUCUCCUCUGCAUUUACUGGUGCUACUCUUUAAUGACCAGAAUUAUGGCAUUCACUAUGAAUACACAAUUCCAAUCGAGCCAGGUCCAGGAAAUCAUAGUGCAAAGGCCAAUGUUCCUCUCUUUAUGUGGACUCACUCUGGUUGGGAAGAUUGCGGUGCCAUGUGUGGAGGAGGAGAAAGAAAAACACUUGUGACGUGUACAAAAAUCAUGAGCAAAGCUACAGCUAUUGUGGACAAUAGAAAAUGCAAACAGCUGAAAAAGCCUGAGUCACUAGUACGCAAGUGUAAUCAACAGCCAUGUCAGACCAGGUGGAUGAUGACAGAAUGGACACCAUGUUCACGGACGUGUGGUAAAGGAAGUCAAAGCCGACAAGUGGCCUGUACCCAGCAGCUCCGAAAUGGAACCUUCAUCAGAGCUCGAGAAAGUGACUGUCCUGUGCCAAAACCUACUUCACUCCAGCACUGUGAAGGUCAGGACUGCCUGACAGUGUGGGAAGCUGGAAUAUGGUCAGAGUGUUCUGUGAAAUGUGGCAAGGGAGCUCGACAUCGAACAAUAAAAUGUACCAAUCCACGGAAGAAAUGCGAUUUAUCAACCCGCCCAAAGGAGGCAGAAGACUGUGAAGAUUAUUCAAAGUGCUAUGUCUGGAGAACAGGAGACUGGUCUAAGUGUUCCGUUACCUGUGGAAAAGGGAUGCAAUCACGAGUAAUCCAAUGUAUGCACAAAGUGACAGGAAGACAUGGAAGUGAUUGCUUCCUUUCAGAAAAGCCUGCAGCCUAUAGACCUUGCCAUUUAAAACAAUGCAAUGAAAAAGUCAAUGUGAACACUAUCACAUCACCCAGACUAGAAGCCCAAAGCAGCCUGUUCUCAGAAGACAUGAGCCCUUCUGGACAUUUCAGAGGCAUUACUCAUAACAUUUCUGGAUUAACUUGAGGAUGCGCCUCUCCUAAAGCUCAAUAAACUACUGGUUCCACCAAAUGGGGAAGGAAGAAUAAUCUCUUGAUCAUUACCUUCCCCUAUUACCUAGCAGUGUAAUUUUAUGGUGACUGAAAAAGGGUCAGAAACUUGUUGAACCAGCUAUUUUGAUCUAAUUUCUGACUCUUUCACUAAAAUUACACUCCAGUUAAUGUUAUUAUCAGCCAUCAGCUUUUUUUAUACGUUAGGUUACAUUUGUUACAGUUCUUUGCAAUGAAAAUAUUUAAAAGCUUAGUUCUUGAAAUUAAUUUGUGCAAUAUUAGCAUACAAGCACGUGUAUUGUUAUUUAAAGUCUGCUAUCCUAAUUGAGGACUUAAUUCAUUUAAAAUAAAAUACAUCUAUUAAAAUAAUAAAUAAAUUUUGUCACAUAAUUUCAAGAAUUUGUGGCAGAUUACUGUUUUAGUAACAUUCAUCACAUAGAUUAUAAUCCUCCCCUCAUCACAUAUUGGAGCGAUUUACAGCAGCUGUUUGGCCACAUUGCCUGGUAACCCACCUCUUAAAGGUUUUAUUUGUAAACUGUGUUCCACUCUCUGCCACAUAUAUUGAGGUCCGAUGCUUAGUUUUUACAGGGAUCCCAAAGCAAUCAUUCAACUUCCCUCUCCUCUUUAUUCAUUUUUCGUCCUUAAUGAUAGCAGAGCUCCUCACCCAGCUGUCACUAUGUAUUUAAUGCUAAAAUGACUAGGCAAUGCAUUCUUGCAGUUUUUAUCAUUUUGUCCCCUUAAAAGCCAUUAUUUUGAGCAUGGCUAUCAUUUUCUGAAAUGCUAAAGUUGUUUGGUUUUAGCUUGAAAAAUUAAGAAUUUGCUUUUUUAUUUUUAAUAAAUUAAUUAUUUAAAUAUGAAUCACCUUGACGACACAGGAGUAACCAACUCCUAUUGAUGGCGUAUUAGCUUCUGUGAUAUUGAUUGACAGAUUGCAGGUUGAGCAAGUUUACAGCCAAAAAUUGUUAACAUUGUCUCUGUACCAGGAUCCUGCUAAUCAAAAUAGUGUCCUUCCAAAGUUUGUGACUGCAAGCUUGACAGGGUGGGCACUUUUUAAACUUACUGUUAAUCACAAUGAUGCAAGCUUGUUUGUGCCUAUAUAAACAGACUCUAGUAAUUAGACAAUGAUGUGAAAAAAAUACAUAUUUACUUUGAGAACUCUUAUUCCCAGUGUGUAGACAUUAACAAAGCUGAAAUACUGUAAUUCAAAGAAGCAAGCUGUUGCUGAAGCUGCUUAUCUGUCUCCUUGGAUAGAAUAUAUAAAUAAAAAUGCCAAGAUCUCCCAUAUAGAUAGCAGUCUAACUCAUUUGUAUGAUGAAUAGAAUUUGGUGAAGUCUCCUUUGUCAUCAAUUGAAAAAUAUUCCUAGAACUAAACAGUCUUUGGCAUUUGAAGCAAGUUAAGAGAUCUGUAACUGGAUUCCAUCAGGUAGCCCAUCUUGGUUUCAUAUUUCCUUUUAUUUGAAGAGUAAGUUGCCGAUUAUUUUAUUGAAAUAAGUAAUUUCAUAUCUACUUGCCUGGAAUAAUUUAAACAAUAAAAGUGGUUAUUUGUCAGGUUUCUAAAUUGAUUUUGUUUUUACUUCAGGUGCUAUUACUUGAAAUAUUUGUGUAGGACUGAGUGUAGAUCUUUAGAGCUGUAAUAUUUGGAAUAAUUCCCUUUAUUGUUGUAUUGUAUUCCUUGCUUUUAAAUAAAAAUUUGAAGUGCCAAGUGUAAUGAGAUUUGCAAACUGUUACAUAAUUGUGAAAGUUUAUGUAUUUGACCAACUAUGCUGUAUAUUUAAUGCGUCUUAGCACCAGGCAUCUUCCCAAAUUCUCAUUCCUGUACAUUCGUAAAAUAAAUAAUGUAUUAAA